UUUCCAACCAAUCGAAUGGAAGCAGGGGCCUUGGGGGCGUUACCACCGAUGCAGAUUCGGGCAGCGUCUUCCCUGCGUCAGUCUUGCGUCAUCAGUCUGCGCCAAGGGCACGUUUGGCCCGCUUCGCCCAAGGGAGUAGUUGCUUUGUUGUCGCCGACUAUGAGCUGCGCCCCGCUGAUGGCGUCUGUCUCCCUGUGGCGGCUGUGCUUCGGUGCCCCGCGGCCCCUCUCAGCUUAUGGAAGAAGAAUCAGUGUCAGAUUUUGCAGCUCAAGAAUGACUUUAGAUAAUAUCAAUCGGGCAGCUGUGGAUCGAAUUAUCCGUGUGGAUCAUGCAGGUGAAUAUGGAGCAAACCGCAUCUAUGCAGGGCAGAUGGCCGUUCUGGGUCGCACAAGUGUCGGGCCAGUCAUUCAGAAAAUGUGGGAUCAAGAAAAGGACCACUUGAAAAAGUUCAGUGAACUGAUGGUUGCAUUCAGGGUCCGGCCGACGAUUCUGAUGCCCUUUUGGAACGUGGUGGGGUUUGCGCUAGGUGCCGGAACUGCCCUGCUUGGGAGGGAAGGAGCGAUGGCCUGCACGGUGGCCGUGGAAGAGUCCAUAGCACAUCACUACAACAACCAGAUCAGGACAUUGAUGGAGGAGGAUCCUGAAAAAUAUGAGGAGCUUCUUCAGGUGAUAAAGAAAUUUAGGGAUGAAGAGCUUGAGCACCAUGACAUAGGCCUUGAACAUGAUGCAGAACUGGCUCCAGCAUAUGCCGUUUUGAAGAAGGUUAUCCAGGCUGGAUGCAGUGCAGCGAUAUAUUUAUCAGAAAGAUUUUAAGGGGAAAUGUGAUUUUAAAAUUGGACAUCAUCCAAAGGAUGCCAGCAUGACAAAGGAUGUUAUUCUUGCAAGCAGUAUUGUUCCAAAGACGUGAUUUGAGCUAUCAUUCUUUGCAUAUGUGAUUCCCUCUCAACUCAAAGUGUGGUCUAAGACCAACAGCAGUGCUAUCAACUAUGAGCAUGCAGAACUGUGGGCUCCUCCCCAGACCUUCUCAAUCAGAAUAUGCAUUUAAUAACAUGCACUCCAAACCCAGUGGUGGUUUUAAAGUAUGUCCACAAAUUCCUCGAUACUCCUCUGCCCUCAGCAGAACCUAAUUCCCCUUGCCUUAGAUGGGCUGUCCUUAGUGACUUGUUUCUAGCAAACAGAAUAUAGUGGAAAUGAUGAAGUAUGACUUCAGGGCUGGUAGGUCAUAAAAGACACUGCAGCGUCUACUUUUCUCUCCAGGAUCACUCACUCUGGGGGAAACCAGAGGCCAUGUGAUGAGGACACUCAGGCAGUUACUCUGUGGAGAGGGUCACAUGUCUAAGAACUGAGGCCCUCUGCCUACAGCCAUAUUUGUGCAAUAUCUUGGUAGUGAACCCAUCAGCCCCAGUCAAGCCUUCAGAUGACUACAAUCAAUAUCUUGACUGCAACCUCAUGAGAGACCCAGAGCCAGAAUCACCGGUUAAGUCAGUUUUGAAUUCCUGACUCAGCAACCAUGUUAGAUAAUAACUGUUUGUUUUCAUCUAGAGAGUUCUGGGCAGAUUUGCUAAACAAUAGGUAACCAAUAUGUA